AUGCCAAGCCCUGCGUCUGCACAUGGUCUGCGCAGAGUGAGAGCUCUUGCUCACUUCGUAGUUGGAGCUUCCGCUUACUCACUUCCUUCAUCGGUCAGCGUUACCACCGACAACGCCACCAUGGCGCAACAGCCACCUCCGUUCUCCAGGCUGGCGCGGGAGAUAAGAGAUGAGAUCUACCGUCUAGCAUACCCACCUAACAGCCGAUGGCUGUGCCCUCAACCGCACGUACAAGUGCUGAAAACCUUCAGAACCCUUCGAAGAGCGAUCGGAGGAUACAGACCCGAGCCAACAUCGUCGCCACCCGUACCUUGCAUACCGGAGUGCCCACUCAAUGCCAUGAUUGUCAAUAAGCAGUACUACUCCGAGGCCGCACAGGUGUACUUCGAGACUACGGCUUUAGUGGACGAGGACCGCGAGAAAGGUGUCUCCACUGAACUAUUUGCCUUAGUACCAUCACUCCAGACACGCGUCAUCAAAUUCUCCGGCGACUGGAGAUCUAUGGACGAACGAGAAGGACGACCUGUCUUGCCCGAGAUGCCCAACCUGAAGCGGCUCACGCUGUACAUCGACGAUGACACUUUCGACACCGUCACCCACAAGCAUAUUUGUAUUGAUGAGUUCAACGGCAGUGACUUCGCGCAUUUCCAAGACGUGAAGGAGCUCUUACGCUUUCCCUCUCUACAGAAGGUGGAGCUGACGGCCGGCUACUGUAGUAUGGCAAUAAUUCCAGAGGAAGAGAAGAUUUGGGCCAGGAACAUUGCCGUGCUUGAGACAUACAUCAACGAGCGACUCCAGCAGCGAAAUAGCACAGGCGCAGCUGCUAGCCAUCGAAGUCUGCGGCAAGCUUGCCAAUAUGAUAUUCAGGAAGAAGAGGGUAGCCAGUCGAAGCACCUGGAUUCGCUGAAAUCGCAGGCUCUGGAUAUAUCGGAGCAAAUGGCUGCAUUGACUAAGAAGUUUUCGGCCUUGCAGGAGGGCAUCAAGGAUGUCGAGGCGCGAAUCAAAACUGAAGCAAGAGAUGUAUGA